AUGGUAACAAGGACGGUGGAUCUUCGAUCGGAUACAGUCACGAAACCGACCGAAACAAUGCGGGUUGCUAUGGCGAAUGCUGAGGUCGACGACGAUGUUCUUGGUCGCGACCCUUCGUGUUUUCGAUUAGAAAAAGAGAUGGCAAGGAUAACUGGCAAGGAAGCUGGUUUAUUUGUUCCAUCAGGAACUAUGGGGAAUCUCAUAUCUGUGCUUGUUCAUUGUGAUAUUAGAGGCAGUGAAGUGAUUCUUGGAGAUAAUUCGCAUAUUCAUAUUUACGAGAAUGGAGGUAUUGCAACCAUUGGAGGUGUGCAUCCAAGAACAGUUAGAAACAAUGAAGAUGGAACCAUGGACAUUGAUUUGAUUGAAGCUGCAGUUAGAGAUCCAAAGGGGGAGCUUGUUUAUCCAACCACAAGGCUCAUUUGCUUGGAAAAUUCUCAUGGAAACACCGGUGGUCGAUGUCUUUCGGUUGAAUAUACAGAUAGAGUUGGAGAGGUUGCUAAGAAGCAUGGAUUGAAGCUUCACAUCGAUGGAGCUCGUAUAUUUAAUGCAUCAGUUGCACUUGGUGUUCCUGUGGAUAGGCUUGUUCGAGCGGCCGAUUCAGUAUCGGUUUGCUUAUCGAAAGGUCUAGGUGCUCCGGUUGGAUCUGUAAUUGUUGGUUCGAAUAGCUUUAUCACCAAGGCUAGAAGGCUUAGAAAGACCUUAGGUGGUGGAAUGAGACAGGUUGGCAUCCUUUGUGCGGCCGCACUUGUUGCAUUACAGGAAAAUGUUGAAAAGCUAGAAAGUGAUCACAAGAAUGCUAGAUUUUUAGCCGAUGGAUUGAAUGAAAUUAAAGGAUUGAGAGUGAAUACCUCUUCUGUGAAAACCAAUAUUGUAUAUAUUGAAAUUGAAGAAAGUUUACAAACUACAGCUGCAAAGCUAUCCAAAGACUUAGAAGAAUAUGGUAUCCUUCUCAUGCCAAUAAGCUCAUCAAGAUUGAGAGUUGUAUUCCAUCACCAAAUAUCAGAUAGCGAUGUGAAGUUCGUAUUGUCGCGCUUUCAGCAUGUUGUUGGUGGAGGACCAAAUGAAAAUGGCAACUAG